AUCACGUGCUAUUGCAAGAGAUCUAAAAUUAGUAACAGCGUAAUGCAUCGUUGCCUUGCCAAGGUUUUGCCCACAGUCAUAGUCAAGUUUGCAUGAAAUUCAUACGCACGUGGCCGUUGGAAAGAGAAUCUAGUAGCAGUCUAGAUUUACAUUAAACACAACAAUGAAGUGGCAGUAUAAAGAAGAACACCCCUUUGAAAAAAGACGGGCAGAAGGUGAAAAGAUUCGCAAGAAGUAUCCAGACCGUGUUCCAGUUAUAGUUGAAAAGGCACCCAAAGCCCGUGUUGGAGACCUGGAUAAAAAGAAGUAUUUGGUUCCCUCUGAUCUAACUGUUGGACAGUUUUACUUUCUGAUCAGGAAACGAAUUCAUCUCAGACCAGAGGAUGCCCUUUUCUUCUUUGUUAAUAAUGUCAUUCCUCCAACAAGCGCCACCAUGGGUGCACUGUAUCAGGAACACCAUGAAGAAGAUUUUUUCUUGUACAUUGCCUACAGUGAUGAAAGUGUUUAUGGUGCAUAAUUCUCUCUGAUUGUAUGGCAAUGAAGAACCAUCUAAUAACCUUUAAGGAUUUUACAAAGAAAAAGACUUGUUCAUUUGAUUUUUUUGUGUGUAAAAUAAAAAGAUGAUCGUAAAGGUGUAUAUAUAAAUAAUGUGGUGCAAUCUCUUGUGGCUUAAGGUUUGCCAUUCACUUUUACUUGUACAAAAAAAAUCCACGGCUGUUUACUGGAUCACACAAUGUCUUGUUAGUUUAAAAGUUCUUUAACAGAGAUUUCCCGUUAGUUUGUUUUCUAUAACACAUUGAGUGUUAUCAGCUCAUUUAGUCAAAAUUUUUAAAACCAUUUUAUAUCUUGUAAACAGCCCCUACAACUUAUUUAAAAUUAAGAAUCCUGCACUUUAAGGGAUCAUACAGAUUUAGAGAUUAUUGAAAGACUCCUGUAUUUUUUAAUAAAGAUUCAACAUUUAACUAAAUGCCAUGUCAAUGCCAGCCAACCUUAUCUCUAAAUAUUAUCUGCAAUUGUUUCACAUUACUGCCUAGUAAGAAAAAGUUGCUUUUUUCCCGAUGCUAACUAGGUACUGAUUUUAACUAUGGUUUCCAGUUUCUCUUAUCACCCAUAUAAAGCUGUCAUUUUACAUGUUAUAGGCUCAUAACAUGUAAUUUCUUUACUUUCUUAUAAUUCUUUAUAUAGUUGGGUAUUUUAGUUGCACAUUUUUUACUUAUUUAUAUGUUGUGGGAACAGGUCUACAGAACCCAUAUAUUGCUGGCUUUAGUUAACAUAACAAGAUGUGCGUAGUAAUUGAAAUAAAGUAUUUUUGAAAGCCCA